CAUAGUUGUGAAAACACAAACACUUGAGGUCUUUAUUGGAAGAUGAGGUAGUUGAUGCGAAGAUCAAUAGGUUUAGGUUUUCCAAUAGGCGAGCCGACCUGGAUCUCACUCUGCAGAGAUUCUGGUCUUAAUGUACACAUUAAUGAACACCCAUGCCCAGCCCAGAAGCGCCCCGGGGAGGAAUGCCUUGACUCAGAGCACCCAUAGGGGGAAUGCCCUGUCCAAGAGUACCCAUAGAAGGAAUACCUUGUCCAAGAGCACCUUGGGUAAGGAUGCCCUGACCAGAAGCACCCAAGUCCUGGGCGAAAGCACCGCCCAUCAGAGGAGCACACUGUCCAACCGCAGCAUCCAGUCCCAUUCCGACUCCAAGACCUAACCCGGCUGGCUGUGGCGAGACCUGGUCAGCACAGGGCGCGAUAUCGAUCACGAACGGCAACGACUGGACCGUGGGUUGAUAAAUCGUCAAAGGCUGAACGCUGACCGUCGGAACGAUCUGGACCGAGCUCCCCAACUGGACACUCGACUGUGG